GGCCAGCUUGAAUCGUAGUCUGUUGCUCUGAUUGGUCGUCUGAUAUCGUGCGGCCUUUUUUUCCUAUUGGAGAAGUAGCCGGGAAUUUUUUUUUUUUCCGGGUUGGUCCGCUGGGGAGGCGGGGUCGUUUCUGCGGGAUUACUUUUCUGGACUCAUUUCUGAUUGGGUGAUGUGACGCAAUGCGCGCGCCCCGUUAGAUGCCAAACUGCUAGCAGGCCAGGUCUUUUCCUGUCCGAGCGCCGGCCCUUAAACUGAAUCACAGGAGACUUCCGGGCUUGGGCCAUUGCGGUAGUGCGGUUGUAGGACUUGCCAGUGCACACGGCCUCUUCUGCCUCGCCAGCGGAACAGGGGCUCAGGCCUCAUUCACUUCGCUCCUUCAGUUAACAGCAGAGACAUCGACAAAUGCUUGUUGAAUAAAGAGAAAUAAAGAGCUUGGGAAGGAGCGAAACCUUUUUGACCUGUUUCAGUUGUUCCCGCCUACUCCAUCUUCUUCCAGGUCAGGGGGUGUGCCUCAGAGAAAGAAGGAAAAGAAUUUUGCGGGCUGUCACACACUUCGGAUGUUUAGCUGGGCCUUUGAAUCUUCCUAGAGUCUAUACUCACGCCAGGAUCUCUUCUUUUGGAAAUCAUCAUUUGGCCUAUGGCUUCACUACCUCCACAUUAUUCAUUUUUUUGCGGAACUUGUGGAAACUGAAAAGGGGGUCAAUUGGACUGUAGUCCUAUAAAACAUCAAAGCUCAAAUCCUCCCGAAGGAGAGUAAUUUUCUGCUCCUUUGUAGUAGACUUCCCAAAGCAAUAAUUUUGAUCCCAACACCACAGCCUCAGUUGAUCCUUCAUUUAACAAUUCUAACAGUCAUGGAGAAGCGCCUGCAAGAGGCUCAGCUAUUCAAGGAGGAAGGGAACCAACGCUACCGGGAAGGGAAGUACCGAGAUGCUGUGAGUAGGUACCACCGAGCUCUUCUUCAGCUGCGGGGCUUGGAUCCAAGUCUGCCUUCCCCGAUACCCAGUCUAGGACCUGAGGGCCCAGCUCUCACGCCGGAGCAGGAAAACAUACUGCACACCACUCAGAUGGACUGCUAUAACAACCUAGCUGCCUGUCUCCUCCAGAUGGAGCCAGUAAACUAUGAACGAGUGAGGGAAUACAGUCAGAAAGUCCUAGAACGACAACCUGAUAAUGCCAAGGCCUUGUAUCGGGCUGGAGUAGCCUUCUUCCACCUGCAGGACUAUGACCAGGCUCGGCACUACCUGCUGGCUGCUGUCAAUAAGCAACCUAAAGAUGCCAAUGUCCGGCGAUACCUCCAGUUGACACAAUCAGAACUCAGCAGCUACCACAGGAAAGAGAAGCAGCUAUAUCUGGGCAUGUUUGGUUAAUGAAGAAAAAAGAUGCUUCUCUACUUGAGCUCAAGUGGACCACUAAAGACCCGUCAAGAGAGACCUGAACCUCAGCAAGAGAAACUCACCCUUAACCUCUGACCCAGGUGGAUUUCUAUUUUCCUGUUCUGCACAAGCUCUCUGCUACUUAGGCCGUCUGCAUUCCUUAUUGUCUAUCCCUCAGUGUGGCUGGCAAUCCAUAUUAUUUGCCUUGAGAAAUCGACUAGAAAGCAUUCAUCCACUGUGGAUGCAAUCAACUAUAUUUGUGAUGUAGAUAAAAUGAGAUGGUAUUAGAUGUGUUCAGAUACAGAGGAGAAGGCCAGUGAAGGAUAAAAUAAUAAGGACAGGCAGAAAGGAAUCUUUUACUGUUUCCUCAGAUGCCUUUGUUUUUCCCAGUGGGAAAUAUAUAUAAUUUGUGAAACUAGAUAAAUAUAAAUUGAGCCCAAGUAUAUGUACAUUUACAUUAAAGAUUUGAAAUUAAUCAUUUUGGGGCUAGGAUGUAGCUCAGUGGUAGAAUGCUUGCCUGGCAUGUACAAGGUCCUGGGUUUGAUUCCCCAGUGUUGCAGAAAUAAACUAAACAACAAAAUCCAACUUUUAUUUAAAUUAAUCUCUCUUUUGUUUGUUUGUUGUCAAGAUAGGGUUUCUCUGUGUAGCCUUGACUAUCCUGGAACUAUCUCUGUGGACCAGGCUGGACCCAAACUCACAAAACCCGCCUGCCUCUGCCUCGCGAGUGCUGGAAUUAAAGGUGUGCACCACGACUGCCUGACUCUUUAAUUUUUUUUCUCCCAGUAAUUUCUAGUCCUUGAUAUUGCUUAUAUUCAGAUCAUUAAUAUAGUAUAACUUAUUUAUUUGUCUUUAUUCUGUUUUAAAGCUUCUGAAGUAAAUGCUUGGAAUACAUGAAACCCUGUUUUUUAAAAACAAUGUUUCUGGGAGUCAAGCACGUAAAUAGUUAAGUAUCUAAUAACUCUCUGUCCUCCUGCCGAAAAGGAACCCACGUGCUAGUGAGCUUUUUAUGGGUCUGUAUGUAUGUGUGGGGCUGGAGUUUGAACCUAUCUUGCACGUGCUAGGCAAGCACCCUAUCAUUGAGCUACAUAGUCAGCCUCAAAGUGGUUUUGUUUCUGUUUGUAUUUUGGACAAGGUGUCUCUGUGUAGCCCUGCCUGUCCGUGUUUUAAUUUUAAUAGGUGCAUUUCUAAAGUGUGUCCAUUUUUCUCAGAAGCGUUACAGUGUCUUCUUGAAAGAAUAUCAUAAUAAAGCAUGACAGAACCCAAGUCUCCUCUUCAUCUGUCGCUCUUAUUUUGUAAGAGCUCAGGACCUCUCAGAGAAAAGAAACCACAAGGAAAGACGGUUAUUGCUUAGUCUUGGAAUUCUGAUAGGACCUGGGAAGCUGCUGUGCUCGUGGGUGCAGGGUGCAGACCUAGUGCAGUCCUGCCUCUGUGGCAUCCAUCAGCCAAUGGCUGCCCUGUCAUUCUGUUUACUCUGUGGAUUGUGUCUAUAUUAUGGGUGCCAAUUAGUAGCUAAAACCAUGUAGUAGGUCUCUACCAUUAAAAGUGGAGAUAAUAAGCAUGUGGUAUUCAUUAGCCAUCAUGUAAUCAUUAAACAAAUAUGAUUCUUGGGGUGGGGUCAGUCUGCUUUAUUAAUAACACCCCAAACUCUCCCAAUGCGCUACUCUUCUUUGUUCCUCCCUAUAGUUUAAAUAAUACAUGCAUCAAAGUACAGCAAAAGGCUUACUAUCAAAUAAUCUAAAAAAUCCAAGGCAAGAACUAAGUAAAGUAGAAUAUUUUCUUUAUUUAAACUUCUUAAACUGUUAAACCUAGCAUUUGCCUGUCAUCUCAGCACUCAGGCUGAGGCAGGAGGAUUGCUAUGAGGCUAUAUACUGAAUUUCAGACUAGAUUGGGUUCCCUAACAAGAUCAUGUCUUUUUGUUUUGUUUUGUUUUGUUUUUUGAGACAGGGUUUCUCUGUGGCUGUGGAGCCUGUCCUGGAACUAGCUCUUGUAGACCAGGGUGGCCUCAAACUCACAGAGAUCCACCUGCCUCUGCCUCCUGAGUGCUGGGAUUAAAGGCGUGUGCCACCACAGCCUGGCCAAGAUUAUGUCUUAAAAACUCAAAAAUAGAUGGAAAAAAUUCCUAUAUUGGUUUGGCAACAUUUUGUCAUGGCGAAUCCUGUCACAUUUGGUUGGCCAGAGGGCCUUAUCUUUGAAGUUUUCUCUGAGUAAAUUUCCAUUUAAAAAUCUUAACACUACCCCUCAAUUAUAAAUAUCCAUAUCCACUUGUCUUUUUGGAGUCAGUUAGGUCCAAUCUGUGUCUAAAAGUUAAUUUUAAAAUCUUUAUCAUCUUGCAUGUUUCACUUUUUGUUUCGUUUUUCAAGACAAGGUUUCUCUACAUAGUGCCGACAAUUCUAGAACUCACUCUGUAGACCAGGCUGCCCUUGAACUCCCAGAGACCCACCGCCUCUGUCCCCAAGUGCUCUAAUCCUGGCACAUGUUUCACUCCUUUGGAGCUGGUUUUACUUCUUGGUUGUUCUGUAAAAAUUAGAUAUUCAAGGAAGCUGUCUACUACAUUUUGAGGAAAAAUAAAACUGAUAUUCACAAAUACAUCUUAGAAAUUUAUUUUGCUGAUCAUUUUCUUAGCCUUCUAAGAGGUGAUACCAACAUGGUAGUCAGACGUAUAUGGCAGUUAACAGAGACUUUAAGAAACAGAACAGUAGACAGAGGAAAGUAGCCUGACACAGGUCUGACAAGCCUACAUCUUGGUCAGCCACAGUGAAUCCCUAAAUAUCUGUUCAGGAGAGGAAGAGGCUGUAAGCAUUCCCAACAAGAUCUGGAGAGAGGAGCUUUGUGAUGUAUUUGAAGAUCACAGAAGGCAGUUUGACAAGUAUUUCCCACAUUGAGACCUACCAGUUCCAUAGAUUUGCCUCAAGUUCUAUUUACACAUUACCUGUAUUAGUGUUUAGUCAAUAUGUGAGGGUUAAGGGUGUAGUUUUGUGGGAGAGCUCUUGGCUAGCACUGUCCCAAAAUGAUUUUAAUGUCUUUGUAGCCUUUGCUGCCCUUGACAUCAUGGCAAUCCUCCUGUGGUCAGCCUCCCAGGUGCUAAGAUUACAGACAUGAGCCAGCACACCAGCUAUAUUCUGUACAUUCUUAAGUUGCCCAGGCUAGCCUAGUCUACUGAGCCCGUGAGCCUUCUGCCUGAGCUAGAACUACUAGUGCCACACUAGUCUGUAAAAAUGGAGGUGAAUUUACUUACUCAUGAAUUCUUUUUCCUUCUCUGUGUGGGCUAGGCGUGGAAACUCGGGGCACAUACUCUCCCACUGAAUCACACCCCGGCCCACUGACUCGUCAGUUAAGUACUGGCUGGAGCAAGGCUGACUUGAUUAGCCCAGGAGUGACUGUUACUCACACAGUUUAGAGAAUCUGUGUCAGUUCCAUAAGGGCUUUGUUCCUUACUUUGAGGAACUGAUAUUCUAAGGCAACUUAUUUUUUCAGCUCCCCCUACUUCUUUAAAUGAGAAAUCAAAAGCUAUAAAAUCCACCCUUUUGAAGGGAACUGGUUCUCACAGGCUUUGAUGUUUACAGUAGGAAAGACUGGAAAAGGUGCUACACUCAUCUAGAAUGGCUUUUACUAUUUUUAUUCAUAUUUUGCCCUUUCUUGGAGAAAUUAAGGCAGUAAUACAUUAGCAUAAAUAAAAUUGGAACAUAGUUAUUCUAAUAUAAGGAAUGUUAGCUGAACCUUGUAGUGAUAUUUCAUUUGUAUUUUAAUAAAUAAAGCUUGCCUGAAGAUCAGAGAGUAAAACAGCCCCACUGAUCAGCCUUACAGAUGAGGCAGUGGUGAUACACACCUUUAAUCCC